AUCACCACCACUCCCCUCCAGAUCCCACCGCGCGUCUCCCGCCGUGACACGCCUCACACCCUCUCACUUGGUCGCCUCCGUCAAGAGUCAACCCAUCGCCCAUGGGAGGAGGGCACGAGCAGGAGGCCGACGCCGGCAAGGCCGGGGGCUACUCCUCCUCCGGCCUCCCGACGUCGGAGCCGCCGCACCUGCAGGGCCAGCCGCCGCAGCAGUACGGGUACGGCACGUUCCAGGGCUCUCGCGCUGGCUCGGGCGAGUUCCGGCAGCCGCCCGUCGGGUUCCCGCAGCCCGCCCCGCCUCCCGGAUUCGGCGGCGGCGGCUAUCACAACCAGCAGCAGCCAUACGCGCCCGUGGAGCCGUACUACGCCCAGGGGUACCAGGCCGUGCCAGGCUAUGGUCAAGUAGCUGAAGGUAGACCUGUGAGAAUGCGGCGUCUCCCAUGUUGUGGCCUCGGCCUAGGCUGGUGCCUGUUCAUCGCUGGUUUUUUCCUUGCCGCAAUUCCAUGGUAUAUUGGAGCUUUUAUUAUGAUAUGUGUGCGGGUACAUGACCACAGAGAGAAACCAGGAUACGUAGCUUGCACAAUUGCUGCUGCAAUUGCUGCAGUUGCCAUCCUCCUGGGGGUUACUAAAGGAACUCACGUAUGGUGAAUUGCCUCCAGAGUUUGGCAAUGACCAAAUGCAACCCAUCGAUGUAUUGCUUGUUUGUGUUGUGUAUAUAUGUAUAUUAUGAAGUGUGAGCAACAUCCAUGUGUAUUCUACUUUGUAAUAAGAUUUUAAACGUACAAUCUGUGUAAGAAGCAUUGGAUCAUAUAAUAAGAUACCUUGGUAAAAAUUGAGGAUUUUCUGUUUU